CGAGGACAGCUGGUAUGCGACCGCGCCGGACCGACAGCGCCAUGAGGCGCUCCUGCGCAAGGCCCUCGACGUCAUCCUGGAGGAGGCCGUGUUCGCCGGGACGAGCCGCGACGGCAAGGUGUGCGAGUGGAGGGACCCGGAGGAGCUGCGCAAGACGCUGGACCUGUCGCUGCCUCACGGCGACGGCAAGGAGCCCGCCGACGACGCCACGCUGCUCAGGCUCGUCCGAGACACCAUCAAGUACUCCGUGAAGACGGGGCACCCCUACUUCAUCAACCAGCUGUACUCGGGGCUGGACCCCUACGGGCUGGUCGGCCAGUGGCUGACGGACGCGCUCAACCCGAGCGUGUACACGUACGAGGUGUCGCCCGUGUUCACGCUCAUGGAGGAGGCCGUGCUGCAGGAGAUGCGCAACAUCGUGGGCUUCCCCGUGGACCAGGGCGACGGCAUCUUCUGCCCCGGCGGCUCCAUGGCCAACGGCUACGCCAUCAGCUGCGCCCGCUACCACUACUUCCCAGAAGUGAAGACCAAGGGGAUGCACGGGCUGCCGCGGCUCGCCGUGUUCACCUCUGAGGACGCCCACUACUCGGUGCUCAAGAUGGCCACGCUGCUGGGGCUGGGCGGCGACAGCGUGUACAUGGUGCGGACGGACGCGCGCGGCCGCAUGGACGCGGCGCACCUCGACGAGCUGGUGACGAAGGCGCGCGAGUCCGGCGCGCACCCGCUGCUCGUCUCGGCCACGGCCGGCACCACGGUCCUGGGCGCGUACGACCCGAUCGAGCCGCUGACGGCCGCCUGCCGGCGCCACAACAUGUGGCUGCACGUGGACGCGGCCUGGGGCGGCGGCGCGCUCAUGUCCCGCCGCCGGCGGCACCUGCUCCGCGGCGUGCACCUGGCCGACUCGGUCACGUGGAACCCGCACAAGCUGCUGGCCGCGCCGCAGCAGUGCUCCACCUUCCUCACGCGCCACACGGGCGUGCUGGGCGGCGCGCACUCGGCAAAGGCGACCUACCUCUUCCAGCCCGACAAGUUCUACGACACGCGCUACGACACGGGCGACAAGCACGUCCAGUGCGGACGCCGCGCCGACGUGCUCAAGUUCUGGUUCAUGUGGAAGGCCAAGGGAACGCUCGGCCUGGAGAAGCACAUUGACCACCUGUUCGACAACGUGACGUACUUCAAGGAGGCCAUUCGCUGCCGGCCCGGCUGGGAGCUCGUCCUGCGGGAGCCCGAGUGCACCAACGUGUGCUUCUGGUACGUGCCGCCCAGUCUGCGCGGCCAGCAGGACCAGGCCGACUACAACGACCGCCUGCACAAGGUGGCGCCCAAAAUCAAGGAGCGCAUGAUGAAGGAGGGCUCUAUGAUGGUGACGUACCAGCCGCUGCGCGGACUGCCCAACUUCUUCCGCCUCGUUCUGCAGAGCUCCGCCACCACGGUCGAGGACAUGGACCACUUCAUCUGCGAGAUCGAGCGACUAGGUUGCGACCUCUAGUCAAAGUUCGCAUGCGCCCUCUUCUCAUCUGUUAUUUAUUUUACUUUAUCAGUAUUAGAAAAUGUCAGCGUGUCGUUGGUGGUUGAAAUUGACAAAGGGAAAGUCUUCGAAUAAGGACAGUUCGGCGACGCGGGAUUCUCCAUAGCAGGUUUUCUCUUAAUUUUGCAUGUCGAUGUCAAGAUCAUAGUUUAAGGUCGGUAGACAAACCAAAAAUAUUUAACACCAUCUAUUUAUGAUUAGUAAUGUAUUCUGUAGAGUGGCUAACGCAGUUUUGAAUAUUUGUGGUUGAUUCGUAGCAUUGACCUUGCUUUGCUAGUUGUAAAUUGUGGCAACUAAGAAGAAAAAAAAUACA